AUGAAUGGGGACUUGAAUCUAGUGGUUACACUUGUAGACCGGCUAACAACGAGGCUGCCACACCGAACCGGAUCCACUUCGGGCGAUUUUGCACAAGAUGAGAUUGUUGUCCUUACCCGGUCAACUCUUGUCGGUGUCAGUGUUUCUUGCAUUGGAGAUGUAGUAAAUACCCUCGUGCACCUACUAGAGAACCUCUCCAAGUCGUACAAAGGAAUACACACCCACCCGAUCCACGUCCUCCAUUCCGAGUUAUAUAUUCUUGAUCUUCUAGCAGAGUCGUGCGCAACGCACUGGGAUGGUGUGAAUCCAAGUCCAGGCGCAUCUAAUGGAGAUGAUAGCCAGAGCUCUGACUCGGAGCCAUCGGAUUCAGAGGAGGGCUUCAAGCAUUCUAGCUCGUCAAGAUGGCACGGCCAAAGAAGAAGGGCAACCCGAAAUGCCCUAUUGGCUCGGAACAACCCACCGGGGCCUUUACCGGAUGGUACAGUCAAAAGAUUGUUAGAUGUUGUGAAGGUGUUCUCAAAGCCUAUCCCCGAAGAUUAUGUGCUUCCAACAAGUAACAUCUUGGACGAAGACUUCCGCUUGGAAACAGAAAUAUAUCCCGGACAGGACAAUGCUACUUCUACAAACGGGCAUCUUGGUGACACUGAAGCUUCCGAGCUACUUCUUGACAAGACUGAUGCUAUUGAUGCGCAUAUCAGAAGGAUUAUAGAAUACGUAUCGUUCUCUAAUUGGCCCCGAGUCCUCGAGUAUCUCAAACAUAGCCUACUGCAUGCGGCUCGCCCAACUGCUGGGAGUGCGGUGCAAACCGCCUUUGCGCCUGAGGAUGACAGGAGUGCACUAAUCACAUUUAAAUUCAUCUCCACGUUCUGGGUUGACAGUCACAAGUUAGGUAUUGUUAUUCAAGAGUUAUGCGGCACUUUCUUGCACUUGCGCAAAUGUUUCCAAGCAACAGUGGCGAUCGUGGUACCAUUGCUGAUCACCAGGUGGCUGGAGAGAAACCCUGAUGAAUUCAUAGAUCUUCAUUCUAUGCAUAAAAGACUAGAUGGGGGAGCGGAAACACUUUUCGACAUGACAAACACGAUGUUCGAUGGGGGGAAAAGAAAGGCCCUCCUUUAUCCUUUUCAAACAUCGCUCAUUUUAUUACUCCCUGAUGUGUUUGAAGUUGCAAGCAACAUGCGAGAUGUGAAGAGUAGUAGUAUAUCGAAGAAAGUGUCCUUCCUCGAAAUGCUCAGGAAAGCCCUAAGAAACAGGAACGAGACACCUAUCUUUUGUAUGACUAUCGUCUUGAGAGCUGCGCGACAUUUCGAUCCAGAUAGCGAUGCAGCCAUUCUAAGCUACGCUUUUGAUAUCCAGGAAGAAGUUCGAGAGGCCGUAUUCAGGAGAACUACUGCCGAUAUAGACUCACCAUACAUUGACAACACUCUCAUGACUGCUACCUUCGUCAGUCUAACGCAUAUCAAUUUCGAGCAUUGUGUCGAAAGUCUUGCACCUCUUUGUCUUGCUUCCAACGCACCUCACAAUUUCAAACUCUCCGCGAUGGCUGCCUGUACUCAUUUCGCAAGGCAACCAAAUGCCCGGGAAUACCAACCCUUGUUUGAGCAGGUCGCAGACUUCAUUCGAGUAAAUCUAAUACGUCCAUCUGCAAGACCCCGAGACUCUUAUCCCGUUGAGCAAUACACCCUCCUAAAACCACAUGGAAACGCGACUUCAGAUAUUAUCUUUAGCAUUUUAACAUUUUUGGAAGCAUCGCCUCGUACUCUCCGCGCCGGUACUCACCCUGGUUCUCCUGCCUGGUAUCGUUUCGUCGAAGAUAUAUUAGACAGUUUCGUCUUUUACCUAGUCUCAGACGACGAUCGUAUCAGAAAAAUGGCAUGCACGGUUGCUCGCAAGCUUCUCAUAAGUGGCGCUCGUCCCAUUGAAUAUCAAAGUGAGAAUUUUGAUAUUCAAGCUUAUAGGCAUACCUUCUGGAAGUCAACAUCUACUCUUCUCAUAGCCCUUUGCGAAAAGCUCCUUAACGAUUGCGAUGAUAAACACUCUUCACUCAAAUUUAUUCAUGAUUAUCUAGAGUCGCGGCUAGUACUUCUAAAAGACUUCAAGUAUCCCUCACCUACCAUUAUCGCCGCAUGGGAGAUCGUCUUUGAUGCCUGGUUGAAAUUAUCAAAACAAAUAUUUUCCAGCUCCGCGGAGCCCACUGAAGAGAAGACUCUUGUAGAGUGGCGUAACUAUUCCGGAUUCCUUGCAUCUGUUGGAGGAACAUGCGUCUCAGACCGGACUCCGGCACCAGAGGACUCCCAGCUAGCUGGUUUACGAUGGAUUGACAAAGUUUCGCCGGAAAACUCCGAUGAUACACUCUUGACGAUAUAUUUGAAACAAAGUGUUCAACUACUCGCCAGCAACAAUGUAAGGAUACGAGAAGCAACAAGGGAAACACUUUCCACCGAAUUGGCGUCGGCACUGUACUUGCCCUUGUUUGAGACUCUGGAAACGGAGCUUGAAGUAUUGUUUGACAGCCCACGAACCAACACGUCGCUCUCUAUCGAGUCACGCGUCAUAUUUGCUGAGCAGGCCUCUGCUUUGCUUAAAAGCACUGUGGACAAACUAGGCGGGCCUGCUGAUGCUGGGGCAUCUUUGUCUAUUGAUAAGAAGGAGCUUCUAAAUUUAAGGCACGAUGUGCGUAUCCGGAAUCAAUUACUGGAAAUAGUUUUUAGCUGGAUAGCUCGCCCUGGUACGCCAAAUGAUGCUAUUCAUGCCGCUGGGGCUAGAGCGGAUGAAAUUCUCCGCCUUCAAAAAGAUCUCGACCGAGCGUGUCUUAAAGCUUUAGCAGAUUUGACUUAUCGACUCCCUUUACAACCGGCUGAGGGUCAAACUGAUGCGGAUACAAGCGACCUAAAGUCACAAAUGUUCCACACGUACUUUAAUCGUUUUCUCUCCUUGUUGAACUAUGAGUCCACAGAUCUUGGACGGAAUGGAGUACGAUCGAUAACCACUGCCAACGACGAAUCCAUGACCACUCCCGAACUUGCCAUCACUGCUCUUUCUAACCUUUUGAGUGCGAACAUCGAUGUUGGCCUGAAACAUUCCCUGGGCAUUGGCUACCAUGAAGAUCUUGACAUUAGGACAGCUUUUGUCAAGGUCCUCUGCAAUAUCCUAAUACAAGGUGCCGAGUUCAACAACUUGUCCGAUGUAGCCGUGAAUGAGAAGUAUGACGAGCUUCUUGAGUUGCUCAUUAAUGAUAUGGAUUUGACGAUUGCUCUUUGCGAUGCAUGCCCCAGUACCGAAGUCGAUGAAAUGACAAUCUCUUUGCUCAAUAUAUUCGACUCGAGGGGCCUCGGUUUUGUUUUACUCGAGGCACUCAUUGAGCAUGAGGUUGAUGAAACCGAAAGUGAAGCCGAACUUCUCCGGAGAAACUGUGUGGCGACGAAAAUGCUGUCUGUCUAUGCCAAGUGGAAAGGCGCAGCCUACCUUAAAGCAACACUACAGAAGGUACUUGAACGGCUUGUUCAUACAUCUAAGGAUCUCGACCUGGAACUCGAUCCUGCUCGAACAGCUUCUGUUGAGGAGCUGCAAAAGAACGCGCUUCAGCUUCGUGUUGUUACUAAGGUCUUUAUUGACGACAUCUGCAAUUCCGCAGUGCAUAUUCCAGUAUCGUUCAGGAGAAUAUGUAGCAUUAUAUCCAGUGCGGUCAUGAAGAGGUUUCCAGAAGCAAAGUUCACCGCAGUGGGAGCCUUCAUAUUCCUACGAUUCUUCUGUCCAGCCAUCGUUGCUCCCGAUGUAGAGGGCUUGAUAAGCUCGCCGCCUUCCAAAGAGAUGCGGCGUGGGCUCUUGCUCAUAGCUAAAGUUGUACAGAAUUUGGCCAACAACGUUUUGUUCGGAGCAAAAGAGCCGUAUAUGUUCCCUCUAAAUGAUUUCUUAACGCAGAACAUAUACCGUGUCACCACAUUUCUACGAGAGAUAUCUGUACCUCCAGACGUUGUAGAUCCUGCCAUUGACUCGGAGUCUUUUGAUUUUGGUUCUUGUGUUGCGCUUCAUAGAUUCUUGUACGAUCAUUGGGAUCAUGUGCGCCAGAAGAUAGUCUUUCACGAGAGGAAGGGGGCAUUUAUUACAACUUUGGACGUUGGCACAGGCCAGAUUCCUAUACUGGAUUCGCUUCGGAAACUUAUUUCAAACUUGGGCCCUCCUCCCAUGGAUGUCUCAUGGAACAGGCCUGCAACCUCACAAAAUAGUCCGCCGUCAUACUCUCGCUUCCAACACUUCAUGCUCCGAAACGCCGGCAGGAAUACAGAAUCGCUGGCUUCCACCAGGUCUAUAUACGAUGGCGGGGAAAGUAAGGAUGGUCUCCCGAUGAUAUGUAUUAUACUUCGAAAUAUUGAUACCGAAGCUGUGGACUACGAGCUCCUUUUAUUCGGCUAUCUGAAAAUUGCGAGCCGCAUGUGGCACCGGCCUUUUGGUAUACUUAUAGAUGCAACAUGUUACAACGGUCAGAACGAACCUCAAGAUGCAUUAUUUCGAAAGCUAGACCUCUUGACGCCUUCCGAGCUAUCGAGGCAGCUACAGAAAGUGUUCGUGUACAAUAUGAACAGUGCAUUCCGUAAAUGUUUUCGUCGCAUCUUACGACUAGCAGCAAAGAGCGAGAUUAGUGCUUUCCACCCGACGAAAGUAGAUUAUUAUAUGAUUGGGAGCCUUCAAGACUUACAAGCCCACUUCCAUCUCAGUCAAUUGCACCUGCCAAAAGAAACAAUCAGCGUUGUGACAGACACCAGAUUUGUCUUUCAGCCCAUUACCAGGCUGUCCAAAACAAAGGGUAAGGUUGAAGUAGUGAUUAAAGUAGGGAGCCAAUUCAUCCAGGUAACGUCUACUAAGAAACAGGAGGUUGUUCCUGGCUUGAGGAUGAGCGCCACCGUCAAUGACAUCUUUCGUCUUUCUGAAGUAGACGAAGCUCCGACCUCGAUACAGACCGAAGAUGAUACGGCUUUUGGUCUACGUACGGAAAAUGGCAAGAUCGUGAUGUACUUCACGAGUCCAAGGAAAAUAGAUAUUCUUCAAGCAAUUCGUGGGGCAAAAGCCAAAUAUGGCAAAGAAUUGAGGACGCUCAAGUCUUUCGAAAGGCUUCUUCGACCACAAGAUGUGCCUGGAACUCUUCUGAAUAUCGCCUUGACCAACAUGGCGAGCUCCGAUCAAGUCCUUCGGCUAGCUUCUUACAACCUACUUUGUGCACUUUGCCGGGCAUUCAAAUUUGCGACCGAUUCAAAGUUUCUAGGUGCAAAGGAACUUUGUGUUCCUUUGCACCCCUCCCGUUUCAUCGUCGACAUAAGUCAGCAACUUGCACAGUCUGAGCCACAGCUCACAGCGGAUUUCCUCAACGAGUUUUUUGUAGGAUGGGAAAGCUUUCCGUAUUCACAACGCCCAUUAAGUCUUGCAUACAUGGCUCCGUGGUUGCCAGGCCUUCGCACGAGUUUGAUUCCAACAGAUGAUGAUAGUGACAAAGCCAGGGAGAAAGUUGCCGCAAUUUUCAGAAAGCUUAUCGACGUCGCCAUAUCCGAUAUUGUUCUCAGCACAACCCUCGAGCAAAGUGUUUGGCCGGCCAUCUGUCGCGACGAGAUCUAUACCGACAUAUUCCUGGAAGAGGUUUCCAAAGCCGCUCUCGCAUUCGGCCUUGAUGACGAGCGAACCGAAAUUUUAGGCUCCGUCGUCGCUUCCUUGGGGACGAUUACCAUUCGAGGCAAGCUGCUUUCACGUCUCCGGAAGGCGCUCAAUAGGACUUCUCUACGUCCGAGCAGGCACCUGCCGGAUAACACUGUAUGGAACGAGAUUUGUGUGCUGCUUCGACUGUGCCUCUCGGCUUCAUUUGAUAGCGGAAUUCAGUCUCAGCUAUACUUGCCAGAACUCUUUCAUCUCGUUACUAUGCUCGCCAACACUGGCUCAACAAAUGUCAGGCUCAUGGUCCAUCGACUGCUUGUUAAUACUAUUCAUGCUAUCUGCACGACGUUUCCUCUCGAAGAAAAUAAACAUGCGAGGCUGAAAGUUCUACUCUUGUCACUCUCGGAACCGCGAAAUGAUUCGUUAUUCAACCUAUCUAUUCGAGAAGGCGCCUCAAUCUCGUCUUCUCAAGACUCCGGCAUUCCAGCAUUAAAUGCUACAGAAUCUCUGGCCAUUCUACUAUCAGAAGUCAGUACUAUUGCCGCAACUACUGUCGACAUGUCCAAUGCAUGGCGCUCCAGGUGGAUGAGUUUGGUCGCUAGCACUGCUUUCCAAAGUAAUCCCGCAAUCCAACCUCGUGCCUUCACAGUCAUGGGGUGCUUAGCCCGAGAAGAUGUGGAUGAUGAUCUUCUCUACCAAGUUCUUGUUGCUCUCAGGAACAGCAUGACUCGUUUCAUGGACGAGGGCGACAGUGAGAUGCUCAUUGCAAUUGUCACGUCCUUAACCAAAUUGAUGGACAAAUUACCCCCAGCUUCUCGAUACGGCAUGCAACUCUUCUGGCUUGCGCUAUCGCUUGUUAGACUCGUUCCGCUUCCGCUUUUCAACAGUACUGCUUUAUUUCUGGAGGCAGUUGUGAGCAAUCUUGCAAAGUCCGGUGAUUUCAAAGAUGGCCAAAUGGUUACAACACUAUUGCAGGGCCGCUUGCCUCUCGAAGAUGCGGCUUUACAACUUGACGAGAUCUACGGAAUUCACUUCAACUUUGAAAACUUCCACUUCGCCGUUCUGGCAUGUUUAGUCAAAGGUCUCACCGAUACGACCACAAGAGCUACGGCUAUUCGCGUCUUCACCACUUUCCUUGAAAUCACAAAUGCCAAUUCCCUAUCUGGAAUAAGAUUUCCUCGGGACCUCACCUGCGUGCCUUAUUUAGCGAUUCUUGUCGGUAGAGCCAUGACUCCUCAUGAGGUCAAGAAUAAUGUCUGGGUUUCUGGCUGGGCACAUCUAGGGGAGAAAGUGACGCCUGAAGAAGUUUACCGUAUGAUCGAGUCCGUAUCGAUCAAGGAUAAGGAACUUCUACUCAACCUGGUAAUUUCAAUCGUAGACUUCCGAUACCUCGAAGAUUCGAUCCAGAAUCGUGGCUUGUUGUGGAUCAAUAGGGUCGCUGUUAAGCGACCUAAUAUAGUGCUUCAUCUAUGUGCGCCGGUCAUUCGCAUUUUAGACGAAGUACUCAUGUCAUGCCAGAAUCCGGUCACUCUUGAAUCUGCGCAUCAAUUAAUGCGCACAAUGACAUCCAGCCCCAGGUUUUCGGACGCAAUGGAUACUGCAGAAAUGCUGGAAGACGUCCUUGAUGGCAUCGGUUUCGGCGGCCUAUGGCGCUCCUCUACAUUUCAUAGUCAGAACGAGCACGAAAGACAAUGCACUGCUCUCACAGACAAGCUCAUUGAGGUAAGCUCUUGCACCGAAGCUCUCUAG